ACUCAUAACUCAAACAACCCAAUUCUUCUCUUCUCUUCUCUACUUUCUCUCUGCUCGUAAUAUUCAAGUCUACAAAAGACUCUCAUUUUCUCUUUCCAAACACACUCACUUUCUCUCUCUUCUUUAUAAAUGGCUCGUGUAAGCUUUGCUUUGGUUGCAGCAAUGGCAGCAUUGCUAGUGGUCUCCACCGUCGCCCAGUCCCCUGCUCCUUCUCCCUCCGUACAAAUUCCCAGGAAAAUUUCUCCUGCUCCGGCCCAAUCUCCCACGACAACGGCUGCUCCUUCUCCUGCUCCGGCAGCCGUGACUGCCACUACUCCGGCAACUGCUCCCACUCCAUCCACCGAUGUUACAUCUCCCCCAUCUCCUUCACCGGUUGCCGCUGAUGUUCCAGCUUCAUCUCCAUCAUCGAUCUCUGCAUCUCCUUCUGAUUCUCCAUCAACGAUCACUGGUAAUCCUACAGAGGCUCCUGGUCCAGCUCAAAACGGCGCCGUUUCGGCUUCAUUCAGUGCCGUUGGAUCCAUGGCCGUUGUCGUUUUGGCCUCAGUUUUCGUCAUGUAGAGAGCUGGCUUGAGAUUUUUACUUUUCCUUAUUUUGGGAUUAAUUAUUUUAUGUUUAUAAUAGAUUUACAAUUUUUAUUAUUUUUAUAUAAUUUUUUUAUUAUUUAAUCGUACGUAUCCAUUUAUUUGAUUCACAAUUUAUUAUAUUUAUAGUGAAUAAAGAAGGCAGGAUUUGCCAUUUUGGUUUA